UGCCAGGGGGAAAAAUCAAAACAAAUCCGAAUAAUGGCUAGAAAAAGUGAAAUAACUCUGAAAAACUUUUUCAUUUUCAACCCUUCUCUUGGUUCAGAAGAGGGGGAGGAGGAGAAGAAGAUCCUCUUCUAUCAUCCCCAGGACACAGAGAAGGAUAACCAGAUCAAGGAUGUGGGACUCUGUGAGGCUAUCAUUAAGUUCACCAGCACAUUCAGUCCAUUCGAGGAGUGCAAGUCCUUCAGGACGCAGAAGACUUGUCAAGUGUACUUUGAACCAGAGCCGGAAUUUUGGAUGGUUUUGACAAUCAACGUCCCCUUCCUGGUGAAGCUGAAGGACGGUGUGGAGUACACUGAAUACCGAGGAGAUGACGUUCAUGACUCCAUCUGUGGAGCUGUUCUUGAGCAGGCUUACAGUAUGUUUAGGCUCUUCGUUGGGACAUUUAAAGAGAACUUUUCCGGACAGUCUCUCGACGAACAGAUGGGAAAUCUGAGUCAAAAACUUCAGCAGUUCUUCAGCAAGUAUAUAUUGACGAUGAGGAUAGCGAAUAGUGAUAUAAUUGAUGUAACCAGAACAAUUCAGUAUCUUCCACUCAAUCAGACACUUUUCCUACGAGUUCACAAUUUUAUCAGCAUGAUUGAGUCCACCUUUGACUGUGUGAAGAGGUGUAUUUUCCUCUACAAUGAACAAAUUGUCUGGAGCGGAAUCAAUCCCAGGGAUUUGUACUGCAUUUAUGAGUACUUGAGUGGAACAAUAUUCCCCAAGAUGCUUCAAUCUGAUCUCCAGGGAGGCUCAGUUUCCAGAAAUUAUGCGCUGAGUCAGCGCGGGAACUUCUUAACCGGCGGCUCUGGUCAGGACGUGACGAAACCACCUCGAAUUUUCCUUUACAGCAGCGAAGAGACGCCUCAAAAGUCGCCCAAAAUGUAUUUACACGACUCUGAAAGUGGUUCCAAUGAAAAAUCCGGAUACUUCUUGGUGAUUUACCGAGCAUUUGGCGCAAUAAUCUGCCUCUUUGUCGACGAUUCCACGAGUCUUUCGGAGGAUCUCUAUGGUGAGCUUCAGGCAUUCAUUGGUCCUCAACUAACGACCAUUUCCUCGGAAAUCAGCGAGAAUUUCUCCGGGCCGAGUUCUGUGAAGAUCAAUGACUUCACCGAUGGAUUCUCACCCAAAUUCCUUUUCUUCAAUGAGUUCAGCUUGCAGCACGACUCGACAUUCUUCUGCGAGGGAAAGACUGUGCACAAGAGUGCGAAUGUGUCCCGAGAUAUCAUGAAUGUAAUUGCUGAUCUCUACGGCGAGAGAACGGGAAGCAACGUGAGUGAGGAGACAGUCGUGAAGAUGUGCAAUGAUUUCUGGAUAACCCACAAGAAAUCCAAUGCCAGACACUUUAUAGCCAUCAUCAACAAGAACGGAACGCUCCUUGAGAUUGCUGAGGAAACGAGCAAAAUGUGUGAUCAACAUAUAAAGAAUGUAUUCUUCGAUAAGCAGAUAUAACUCGUCACAAGAAAAGUAUUGUAAAUAUAGACGAAUUAAUUUGUCACGGGAA